AUGAGGCCUUACCUUUUGCAAGGACACGAACGUCCGAUUACGACGAUCAAAUUCAACUACGACGGCGACUUGUUGUUUUCGGCUUCGAAGGAUCUGGUGCCAUCGGUUUGGCGUGCCGACAACGGCGAACGCUUGGGUACCUUCAACGGACACAAGGGUACCGUCUGGGACUUGGACUGCGAUCGCUUCACCACGCGAUUGUUGACGGCGUCCGCCGAUGCCACUUGCCGCUUGUGGAAGUGCGAAACGGGUGAAUGUUUGUUCGUGUUCAAUCACAGGGGUCCCGUUCGCGGAGUAGCGUGGGCGGAAGGCUCUCGGAAAUUUGCUACAAUCUCGGAUCCCUUCGUUGAGCACAAUUCGAAAAUUCGAGUGUUUGACUGUCCAGAAAACGGUGACCUUACCGACGACGAUGUUAUGGAAAUCGACCUACCCAAGAUAGGAGGCAAGCGUGUCAAUCCUACCAACAUCCAGUGGACGGGCAACAAUGAAGAUCUGCUGGUAGCAUUCGACAAUGGUGAGAUCCGUCUGUACGACCCAGAAACAGGUGACUUGAAAGAAGAAAUUCAGGCGCACGAUAAAAAAAUCAAUCGGCUACGAUUCAACAGGGACAAAACCCUUUUCAUCACGAGUUCCGCUGAUUUCACUUCCAAAUUAUUCGACCCUGUCGAUCUCAAGCACUUGAAAACUUAUAGGACGGAUAGGCCCGUCAAUGACGCAGUUAUUUCUAAUAAAAAAGACCACAUUCUUGUGGGAGGAGGGCAGGACGCCAUGAGUGUAACAACAACUUCCGGUAAGGUCGGGAAGUUUGAGACACGAUUCUUCAACAUGGUGUAUGAGGAUGAAUUUGGAAGCGUCAAGGGGCAUUUUGGUCCGAUCAAUGCGUGCCGCAGUUAUGCUAGCGGUGCUGAGGACGGAUAUGUUCGUCUUCAUCUGUUCGAUAAGGACUAUCUAGAUAUGAAAGACCCCGUACCGGAAGAGGAUGAAGCAGAGGAAGUACCGCCCACUAGUCAGUAA